AUGUAUAAUUCAAAACGUCAAGGACGUAAAAAGGACUCUAUAGAGCUGUUCAUUGGUUCAAACCAACAGUUUCUUGAAAAUGGAUUAUCACAAUUAAGAUACAUGAUUCUUAUCGAAGGGUUGAGUAUCCCACCUGGAUAUGAUCAAUGUCCAUAUAGAGGUAACGUGUGGUCGAUUCUCUGUAGAGUUGCUCCACUUCCAACUAGCUCAUACUACAAGAUGUUGGCCUCGGUUCCGACCUCAUUAUCCAAACCAUUGUAUGAUAAGAUUAAAAAUGAUACAUUUCGAACACUCAUGAAUGAUUCAAAUUUCCAUCUGAAAGUAUCUGAAGAAAGUUUGGUAAGGGUUCUAAGCUUGGUGGCUAUGACCGCAGGUAACAAGGUUGGGUAUGUACAAGGAAUGAAUGUAUUACUUGCACCUAUCAUGUAUGCCUGUCACAAAAGUGAACCACAAGCAUUUGCAUUAUUCCAUCAUUUAACAACAAAGCAAAUUCCUCUAUAUGUUACCCCUAAUGUUGACGGUGUACAUACUGGUUUGAGUUUGGUUGAUGUUGCUCUCAACUACAUUGAUCCAGUACUUAGUCAAUAUCUUGACUCAAAAUUCUUAAAGGCACAAAUAUAUGCAUUUCCUUCAUGUUUGACUCUUUGUGCCUGUACGCCCCCUCUCAAAUCAGUACUUAAGUUAUGGGACUUUCUUUUCGCCUACGGAACUCAUAUGAAUAUUUUGUUUAUUGUUGCUCAACUCAUUAUUAACAGAUCUGCAUUAUUAAAAUCUCCACAACCAAUGAAAAUCUUACGAAGUUUACCGAAUUUGGAAGAGAAUGAAAUAAUUAAAUUAAGUUUGAGUUUCAUUCCUGAAUUACCUAAACCAUUCUAUUCAUUGAUCGUAAGACAUGGUUACGAUCCAGCUGUUCCUCAAGAAUUGAAGCAAUUUUUAAAUGAGAAUAAGUAA